CGCAUAGCAAAAUAUUUUCAGUUUUCGUUCAAUCGUUCUACGGGGUAAAUGUGAAUAAGGCUAGACUGGCCGAUUGACUGACCUACUGGCUGAACGGCUGGAAUAAAGAAUUUUCCAAUUUCAUUUUAAUGUGUUAAAAAUCAAUAUAAAGUCAGUAAUUUUUGAGGAAAUCAAUUUUCGGUUGAAUGCGAUUUCUUGGGAAACAAGAAAACUGUUCACAUUGCAGAAUUGUGGUAAUGCUUGUGAAUUCUAAAUGAGGAAGAGCACAUAUUGUUUGUUGCAACAGCAGCAACAGCAGCCUAAGCAUCAACUCCAGAAGAAGCUGAAGAAAAAGAAAGCGCACCUGGAGCAGCAGAAAAAAGUUAAUAUUGCAAGUUUGCAAAGGAAAAUGGCCUCUUCACUGCUGGAUCUGGGCGAUUUGAUAGCAUUUCAACUGGAACGUCUAAAAUUGGACGAACUCAAUUACAAAGACGAAUUGCAACUGCAAAGAUACUUGCUCGAUUUGGAUUUGCUGCAGUGCCCCCAACGUCGUCAUAAAUCAGUUGCCACUACUCACAGGUUAGCCAAUCAGCAACAUCAAGCCUUGCAAGUUCCCGAAGCUUCCACUACGGAUUUAACUGCCUCGCCAACGGGAACGGAACUAAAUCCUGCUUGCAGUGGAGCAUUAGCUCGAUCCAGUAGUCGUAAAAGUAAAGUCAGUCAAAGUAGUAGCACUGCAGGUGCUCCAAGUGCAGCCAAAAUGCUGGGUAAUGUGGAAAUAGCAAUGGAAGAAUUGGGGGCCGCAGGCGGCUCUAUGACGCUUACGAAUAGUUUCACAGACAGUGAAGACGAUGCUCUUGGUAUAGAUCAACAAAAGGAGUUCAGAUCCUUAGUACUUGAAUGGUUUCAACAACUGCGCUCAAGAACAGAAGAUUUCAAAUCAGAUGAAGAAUCGAGACGAAUGAGAGAAGCCGGCAAUGAUUCCUAUCGCAAAGAACGCCACGCUCUCAAAGCGUGCGACCUCUAUACGGAAGCAAUAUUUUUGGCGCCAUCCCAAGAUAGUAUAGCAGCCGCUAUGGCGCACGCAAACAGAUCGACAGUAUUGCAUGACUGCGGCAUGUACGAGCAAUCCUAUGACGACUGUUUAUGCGCUUUAGAUCUAGGUUAUCCCGAAGAGUAUCACCCAUUGAUUAAAUUGCGUCAAGCCUCUUGUGCCUUAAAACUGCGUAAUUUUGCUUUGUGUGAACAGCAUUUACAUGAGCUGCUCCACAUGGAACUCUCCGAAACAUUCGAGGCUCGCACACACGAGCUAUGGCACGAAUGUGAAGUACUUAAGGCUGAAAAAAUCGAAAUGGGAGUUCAGACAGACAACGAUUUAAUAAGCAAUGAUAUCAAAAUCUAUGAGGUAGCUUGGUUGGACAACUCGAAUGUAAUGACAACAACAAAAAGUGCUUUUCUGAGAGCUACCACUAAUAUACCAAAUAACACGCCUAUAUUCCACGAAGAAGCCGCCGUCUUUGUACCGAGUGGAGCGGCGCGCUUAUGCGAUCACUGUGGCAUUACGCAAUUCGUACCGUUCCCAUGCAUUUUUUGCUCCAAUCGUACAGCCGUCUAUUGCUCGCGCAAGUGCCGAGCCGCACACGCUUCCAUACAUGCUCUCGAAUGCUAUGCCCAUCAAAUCGAACUAUUUGAAGAAUUCGGCGUCGAAUUCUCAAAACCGCGUCUAUUGCAACUCGCCUUCCGCAUGCUUAUAAACGGUCUGCCACAGGUAGUGCCGCAUUGUCGCAAAAAACCCACAGUCGGUAAAAUGUGGAAUGCAUUCAAUAGCAUUUUAACUGAACGCACUUGUACCUCGUCAUCCGCCUCACUAGCUGCCUCCGCGACAUCCUAUUCUGCCCUGUUACGGCUUGAAUCUCAUUUGGACAAAGAGGAAAAACGGAGUAUGGUGUCAUUUGCAAUUGUUGCGCACAUACUCGCUAUCUAUUUGGGCGAGUACACCGACUUUUUUGAGCUACUCGAGCUGACUAUGCCCGCCGCAGCAAAGCUUACGCGUCAGGAAUGGGAAUUGCUAGCGUCAGCUUUGCUGUUGCGUCAUAUAUGUCAGUUGCGGCACAAAAACCUCAUACACUGCCCUUCUUUUGUGCUGCCCGCCGAUCCACAUGUAUUAUCACCCAACGACGAAUUCAUGCUCUGGGAAACGGUACGUCAUGUACGUCGCGGCUAUCUGCAUCUAAUAGCUGGCGAUGUAACUACUGUCGCUUAUGCCGUAUUUCCCCAAACAUUAAGCCAUUGUCGGCAUUCUUGCGCCGAUAUGAUUUAUCGCAAAAUCAAUGGCUGUAAAUUAACCGCAUACUCAACAACCGAUAUACAAACCGACACCUGCAUAUGCAAUUGUUUCAUUAGCGGGAACUAUAAGCAAUCAUUAUACGAAAGGCGCAAACAGGAAUUAACAAUACGCGGCAUCGAUUGCAAAUGUGAGAAAUGCUUUCGUCCAUAUCCCGAUGAGGAUUUUCAUAAAUUUCAUCGCUAUCGCUGUGAUAAUCCGAAUUGUAAACAAAUAUUUACGCCCUCGAAUUUAAAACGUUCGCGUAAUUUACGAUGGUGGAAAUCGGAUUAUUAUCGACGUCCCGAAAAUAAUGGAUCUGAGUUGCUGAUCUGUGACGUUUGCGAACAUACACAAAAAUUUGAAUGGUUUUGGACAUUUUCUGCUGCGCUAACAGAUUGCGAUUCGAUUGAAGAACGUUGCAAGCUAUAUGCGGCCAUUGAACGAGCUGAUACGCAACUCAUUGAUACGCACGAAUGCAAAGUGGCCUUAGCGCGGCAAUUAGUCGAACAAUGCCUAUUAAUACAUAGAGAAGGCUCGAAAUCUCUAGACGAAUGGGAACUUAACAAAUUGGGCUCGAUAAUGCGAAGUGCUUUGCAUAUCGUAGCCGCUCAAUUUCGUAUCUUUAGUAUUGAAUAUGUACAACAUAUGUCAUAUUUCUGGGAUGUUAUGGCUCUUAGCAAUUAUAAAUGCGGCGACAAGGAACUUAUGCAAAUGUUGCACGCCCUCGAAUAUAUACCGGAUGAAUAUAAGGAGAUUUUCAUCAAUUAUUAUGAGGAUUUUAUUGCACCGAAAUUUAUGGAAGAAACUUAUGGCAAUAUCUUGGAUACGGAAUCCCCAUUAAGCAAUGAGAAAGACAGGAAAAAGUUAAAACUCUAAACUAUUAAUCUCAACGUAAGAAAAACCAAAAAAAAAAGAAGAAAA